UGCUCCGCAGUUAGCAGGACCCAGCGGACACUGUGGUCACGCCGUGCAUAUAAAAGCUCCCCGGUACAGAUGCAGUCAGAUGCGAGUUCUGAGGCAAGACGCCAGCAUGCUGAAAGUGGCCGUGAUCCUCCUCAUCCUCGCUGCCCUCAGCGCGAGCUUCACCGUCCCUCCCCAAGACGAACCACUUGAUGAGGCCUGGCAGGCCCCUGUGGCCAGCUGUGUUUUCCCCUUUCUAUACCAGGGUAAAUUGUAUGAUUACUGCAUCAGAACAUGGGAAGUGGGCCCACCAUGGUGCUCAUCUACAGGCAACUAUGACCAGGAUCAUCAAUGGCAGUACUGCUACAAAGAAGGGUAUGGUUACCUGGGACGUUUUGACUGAUCUGUCGAGGAACUGGAGGGUGCAGAUGAAGAUGUCUACUGUCCAAUAAUCAAAAAGAAGUUUUUUUUUGACUGAUGUGAUUCAUAAACUGAUUGACUGCUGUCUUUAUAGUACAAAUCUCUAUUAGUACAAAACUUUCAAUCCAAUAAAGUAAACACAAGUGCAGACUUGA